CGUAGCAUUUAAGAAGACAAAAACGUCUUGUUGCCUCGUUUUCAAGUACCAAACAACACGCAGUUUAUAUCUCUAUCAGAUUUCUGUUUUGUUCUUCAUCACUCGCUCUGGGGCCUCUCUGACCAAUCCCAAAGCAAAGAGCUUCUGCGAUCUUUCAUCCUCCUCUGGUUUCGUAUCUAAUCUGAUUUGAGGGGAAAGAGAUGGGUUUCAUAAUGGAGUUCGCGGAGAAUCUGGUGCUGAGGCUGAUGGAGGAUCCGGAGGUGAGAGACAGGAAAGCGAGGGAGCACAUAUAUGAGAUGCACGAGAGGUGCAAGAAGAUUAAGGAGAUGUGGGCUUUGCCUAUUCGUCCUUAUGGUUUCUGGACUUUUGAGCGUCACAACGCUCAGCUUCGUUGGGAUCCUCAGAUUAGCCAAGUUGCUGGUCGUAGGGACCCUUAUGAUGAUCUCCUUCAGGACCAUCCUUCCUCUUCUUCAUCCUCAAACUAAUCAUAUACAAUGGCAGAAGAUGUAUUGUGAUGAUGUAUGGAUAGAUGCAUAUGUCUCUCUUUCAAUUCCCGAUUGUACUCCAUUCGUUGCUUUUUUUUUUCUUUCAGGUGUCUUGAAGCGUGGUACAAAUGAGAGAGGAGUAUACUUUUUUUUUUUUGAACAAGUUGUUUUGAUUCUCCAUUUGCAUCUUUGAAUAUGAAUAUACUUUCUGAAGUGAUGAGUCUUUUCAUGUUUUUUUAUAGUUUUGUUGCUCAAAUA